AAGAAGUACCAGUACACAUCCGGGAAACUGUAAUGGGAAAGAAUGUUGAACGCCGAAACACGAAAAAUCGUGUUUACUUCAUGAACUGACCUCAGCUUAUAGUUAAGAUAACGAUGACUUUCAAGUUAUAAACAAUUGCAGAUUAACAUUUUGAUUGAUUAAUAAGUAAUACCAUAAUGGAGUUAAGUGAUGAUGGGGGAGGAGACAGUGAAGUCAGAAUGCCAUCUCUUCUAGGACAGUCACAACUCAAACCAAAGUUAGACGACAUCUUUGCUGAAGUGGAGAAAAAUCUACCCUCCAUUGAUUUUGAUCUAUCAGAUGUGAGUUCUGAUAAUGAAGAACCAAUUAUAUUUCACAGAAAUUUAAAAUCGUCCAUAUUUGACGAUGACAAAGAUUUGGAUACAAGCCUUGAUGAUCCAGACAUUAUUUCAUUAAGUGGUGUCUCUUUUGAACCUGCUGAUUUAACAGAUAUAUAUGACAAUGAUCUAGCUUUUCAGCUUCAACAAGGUGCAGUGAUGAAAUCAUCACCUAAACCAGUUCCAACUAAAACAGUUUCAAGCUGGACUGAAAUCGUGAUGGAAGCUGAGAAUCGUCCUGAAGUUACUCCCCCUGAUAAACAAGAGGUCACCUUACAUGAUGUAGGCUGUGGUCCUGAUGAUGGGGAGGAGGCUUUAAAUUUAAAUGAAGCUCUGAAAAAUAUGGAAAACGAACUGCUGAAUAAUCAGAUGCAGGAUUCAUAUGAAAAACAUGAACGAGAAUCAACAGCUGAGACGGAAAAAAAGAAAAGUUCUACGUGGGAAGCCAUAGAUGUUGGGGAUAAGAAGAUGAAUAGUAUGCUGAGAAAGGAAGUACGGCGAGAUGAGGAAAGAGAACUAGCUCAUAGUAUACUGUCACCUAGAGCUCCUACAUUAGUACCUCCCGGAUUUGAUCCUUCUAAUAUAGAUACGUUAUUGAACCAGUUAAAUGAAGAUAAUCAGUUUGCCCCGCCUAUCAACAGAUCAAAUCAGCAAAGAUUAGAGGCUUUGUAUGCUUCAGGGGAAGGAAACCAAAUUGACAAUAAUGAACAAAAUCAGAAUUUGUCGUUGAUACAAAGAUUAGCACUGAUAUCCACCAGAGUAUCGGGAGAAGAUUUGACUGAUGUGUGUCCCAUGACUGGAGUUAAACAACAACAGAUUAUAGAGGAGGCUCCUCCAGUCAUUAAUAAGUGGAAACCUGUUCCUCAAUCACAGCCAGAGCCAGCGAAAAAGGUGACAUCUAGUUGUGGCACCAAUACUAGUGAUAUGCCGGUUAGAAUUAUUACACCAACUGUAAGACCAGUCACGAAACCACCAGUUGUAAAGAAAGAACCCCCUAAAUCCAGCACAGUAUUUAUUGAUCUAAGAGAUUUUGAGAAGACGAGACAGGAACAACAACAAAGUAUAGAAAGAGUACAAAGAAUACUACAUGUAUCUGGUGACAGGGACUCGAGUGAUGAUUCAGAUGAUGAAGUAGAUACUUGGCAGAAACAGAGACAAAAAAUGAAAGAAUCAUUGAAAUCUAAAGGUCUUCACGCAGAGGCUUUACCAAGCAAGCCAACACCUCAUGGACCUAUAAAGAAGCCUGCAAGAGUGUUAAACCUUGACCAUGUGAUAGACAGCCGUGCUAGGACAGCACCACAGACCGUCGUAGAAACAGAACAAUUAUCAGAGGAAGAUAUGGAGGCUAAACUGAAGGCUGAACAAGAGGAAAAAGAGAAACACAGAAAAGUAGAAGAGGCUAGAAAACGCAGAGAACAGAGAGAAGCAGAAAGACAAGCCAGGAUAAGGUUAUCCAAACGUUUAGAAGCUCUUCGUCCUUCAGCAGCUGUCAGUGGUAAACAAGACAGUGCUGAGGGUACACCAGUUGUCUUUGACAUUGAAGCUUCCUACGAGCCUGCACCAAGAACUUUGCCACCAACACUGGGACAGGACCAUAAAUGUUUGUUAUUGACAAUACAUUUAUCUAGUAAUGGGGAGAUAAUUCUUCAUCGUGGGAAAAGCAGAAGUGCCGAUACAGGUGUUGGACUUUCUGCCAGUUAUACAGUAUUAUUGUCAUGGUUACUAUCCCUGGUACCACAUGACUUUACGUUCCUCCAGAAAGAAGAGGAGGAUCACAGCCCACUACCGUUCUAUGUUCUUGGUUUACAACAGGAAUGUAUGGAUGAACAGUUGUGUUUACAAGUAGCUGUAGCAGCACCCAGGGACUAUGAUAAACAAAUGAACCUCAAAACUAAAAAAUCUAAAGUAAAGGAUGAGAUGAAAGGUUGUACUGCAUUCCAACACUUUAUAACCAAGUUUCUUUCUACCAAUACAUUACAUUCAGUGUGUCCCUGGCUAGUGGAUAUGGUAUCAGUAGAAGUUCCCUGUUCACAGGUGGAUAGUGCCACAGAGAAACCAACAUAUGUAUAUCGUCCUCCAUUACCCAACAUUACAACGAAACCAUUGUCAACUUUCAUUCAGGUAAACCCUGAUCAACAGGCUGCUCAGAAAGUGUUCAAUUCCUCUGUCGGUUUCUUCUGGCAGACAAUUGAUAGUGAAGAAGCAUUCUGUGAUCAAAAUGUUGGAGAGGUUAAUUACGACACACAAGUGACAAUGUCGUUAAUUUACAGAAAAAUAUUCUAUGAUCCCCGAGCUAUGAUGGGUAUUUGUAACAGGAUACUACAGGAAGGAUUAGACUUAGCUGGUGUCCGACUGUUAUAUCCUACAUCAGAACUGAUCAGUCUGGCUUCAGGACCAAGUGUAUCUAAUGACAAUUCACAAGCAGAUGUUUUAAACAGUAUUGGACCAGUAUUAGCUAUCAGUUUACGAGGAACAUUUGCGAGGUCUAUAUGGCUUGAUGCUGUUGGACCUUCAGACCCAGUUUUGGCAAGAAGGACUGAUCCUAAUUCUCUUUGUGCAUUAUUUGGUGGAGAAUCUAGAGAUGAGUGUUUAUUGUUUUGUCCUAGAAAUGCCUCUCGUGUUCAGACUGAACUCAGUCGAUGGUUUGGGGGACGUGUUCCACCAGGUGGCAGUGUUGAUGUAGGAACACCCUAUACACGUAGAGAUACAUAUCGAAGUGGUAGUCCCAAGGGUAGAAAAGGUAGAAAAUCUUCUUUAUCAGACACUAAAGACAAUGAUAUAAAUGCCACAAUACAUAGGCCACCGGCUGCAUUAACAGCUACAACCAAAAAUGACAUUUUCUUAGUGCUAUCACCCCAUGUGCCACCUAAAUGUAUGGGUAUAGUGUUGUCUACCUGUCAGAGACGAGGGUACCAGAUUAGAGGAGUAAGGAGGAGUAAACUCAACACAAAGAAGGCUAAUUUACUGGGUAUUUGUGGAGAAACUGUUCCCACCUUUUGUCCUGGAGCUUUACAUAAUGAUGUAGUCACAGACCAAUGUAAACAUACAGAAUCUGUAUAUCCCUGUACACUGAUCUUACUACAGAAAGAAAAUGCUUCACAUGGAGUGGCCAGUCUGAUAGAGGCUUGUAUGGUGCAACUUACAUUACAAGGUGUCAUGGGUACAAUACAACAACAAGCUAGUAUUUAUUUAUCUUCAAAACAUAUGUUCCAUGCAGCAAGAUAUUCGGAUUCUCUACUGUCUCAACUGGGUGGGGAUUUCUCUAAGUGUUUUGAUUUUGAUGUACAAGUGAACCCUAGCUGUAUCCUUCCUAAACUGUACACCAAUCCAGAAGUAGAACAGAUUGUUGUCCUAUUGUUGCUUGGUAACCAGAUAUUGAAGUCAUGUGGUUUGUUUAUUGGAAAGUUACUUCACAUGGUGCCAUACAGUAAAACAGUAACAGUAUUACCACUUAAAGAAGGAUUUGAAUUACUGGGAAUAAAAUGGGUACCAUCCCUAUCCAUUUCUCAGGCAAAAGAUGUGACACCUUAUGAAGUAGGAGACAGAGGCUGGAAGGAAAAUCUUCAUACUCUUACAACGGAACCAGCACUGGUCCUAGUAUUGAGAGGUAUUAAUGCAUUUAAAAGAAUGGAGCAAGUGAUUCCACGACCAGACCCUAAGUCAGGACACAUGGAUUAUCUAAUGUCUAGAACAGCAGAGGAGGCCUAUUCCUUCACAAGAGCAUUCUAUACUGACAAAGAAUUGUAUGGAGAUCCCCAUUCUAGACCAUUGUUACCAUACCUACCCCUUAGUAAAGUUGUCCAUACACAGGCUACAAACGACAGUAUUAUCACCCGAUCAGAAGCACUGAAGGAAUCUAUAUUCCAUGUGAUGACAUCAGGACCACAGCUUAUAACCACACUCCUCCUCAUUAAACCCAGAGCAGUCAAACGUCACCUUCCUAAAGUUGUCAAGAAAAUUAUACAGGAGGGAUUCAGAGUUAUAGCAAUCAAGUUCAAGAUUCUGCCUGAUGAGGAUAUUCAAUAUAUUCUGAAAACUGAGGAAAAUAUGGAUUCAGAGAUAGCAGAUAAGACCAUGGAUUAUUUAAAAUCUGGACCAAGUUUAUGUUUAGUAUUACAACGAGAGAACGCUGUGAAGAAGUUGCUAGACUUGCUAGGACCUUCAGAUCCAUCGAGCGCUAGAAGACAAAGUCAGUUCUUAUGGAGGGGAACUUUUGGUGUAGAUACAGUCAACAAUGCAUUCCAUGGUUCCAUGAAUUAUAUCAAAGCCUUAGAAGAUCAGAAGACAUUUUUCCCAGAUGGACUUUGUUGUAAAGCUUCAGAAUACUUAGACAGUGAACAGAUUCUCUGCCCAGCUGAAGACAGUAUUGUAGAUAUAAAGUAUCAGAUGAAUAGAGAAAUUGUUGUCCAUACCCCCUCAGAACAUCCAGAUUGUCCUGAUUAUAUAUUGAUGGAGACAACAUGUCUGGUAUUUAAACCACCACUGAUUACAUUCAAAAGAGAUGGUACUUAUGGCUAUUCUGACCUUAUUGAAGGAUUAGUUACACAUGGGUUUGAAAUAUAUGGCUGUAGAAUGGUAUGGUUUACUCAGGAACAAGCAGAACAUUUCUUACAUGUUAUAGAUGCUGGCAGCUUCAAACAGGUACCGUUGCUAACCUCUGGACCAAGUAUUGUAUUGUGUUUACAGAGAGAUAAUGCUAUCCUGGCUUUUGAUUCUAUCAUGGGAAGUGAUUAUGGUGCAGAAUCUUUGAUAGGUAAAUAUGGUGAGAUGAUCUUCAGACCAGCAGACACAAAACAGGCUCACAAGAUGCUGAUGUUUUUCUUUGACAAGUUGAUUCCUGGAGGACAAUGUGAAAUAUUAUCAAAACAUCAUUCCACAGAAUAAGACGUGGCUAGAAAAAUAUUCACUUACAUGCUGAAAAAGGAUUAACAGACGUUUAUUUUGUUGUUAUAUCAUAUUUUUUGGGGGGCUAGCAUUUUCAUUUUUAGAAGAUUUUUUUUUUUUUACACAGAUUGCACAAUUGAAUACAUUAAUUGUAACACUAAACCUCAUUUCACUAAACGUCAUUAUGUUAUCCAUUGAUCUGUGUUUCAACAGAUUUUGAUUUAGAUUUGAAUUUUAUUUCUCUUUAUUUAUUGAUUUCCAUAUUUUUGUUGUACAUAAGUGAAGUCUUGGUUCUAUGUGUAUCAUCUUACUUUACUUCACUCAAUAAGGUUCUUUAAAUGUCCAAACAACUAGAUGACAUGCGCUAUUGUUUUUCUUUUAUUAUUUUAGCGUAAACCAGUCUUUUCCUUUGAAUUGUUUCACAUUUUGUCAUGGCUGGGCAGUAUAAACUUAAUAAACUGUAUGCAUUUUGCUCAUUGUUGAAAGCUGUAUAGUGCUUACAUCCUUUUGUGUCUGGUAGAUAGCUGUCAUCAAUCAUUCCACAACCUUUGUAUUCUUAUAUACAUGUAUUGAGACUCACAUAUAUUUAGCUAAAAGUAUGUAUAACAUACAGUUCAUAGUUCAUUCAAGUCUGUUUCUUAAUUGCAUUAUAUCCUGAGUGAUCAAGUGGUCUCUUUACUGUACUUGAUGUACAUAUCCACAUUUAAUGUUGUGCUUGAAACCAAAAUAUGUGAAGAUCCAAACUAUAAGUUUUGAAGAGCUGAUUUAUCUCCAAAAGGACCAAAAUAACAUUGUAUUGAUAUCAUGAUGUAGCUUAAUUUCUCAAAUAGUACUUUUUGAAAUUCUGAUAAAAUUUCUUAUAUUUUUAUUUAGUAUUAUUGCUUCUUUUUGAAACAAUGGCAGUUUUUUGUUUUGACUUUUGCUAAGUUUAUCAGAUCAGGUAUUUUUUUCAUUCAUUGGUUAUAAUAUGUUCAAAAGUUAUGUUUGUUAUUGAAUUCCUGUCAUGAGCAUUUUUAUGUUUUGAUUACAAAAAGCAGUAGUGAUCAGUCAUAUUUCUGUUAUACAAAGGCAAGAGUAUUGUAUAUAAAAUUCUAUUCAAAUUUAAUCAAUUAUUUUUGUGGUAUUGCUUGAAAUUAGUGACUAAUUUAAGCAAAGACUGCAAUACCUUAUUUUUUUUUAAUGAAAAUUGAUGUUUCCUUAAUUUAAAGAAUUAAACUGAAAACAAGGCUAUGAAGAUAUUUACAGAUCUCAGUACCACCAUGAGAAAAUUAAGGAGAUUUCUUGAUAACUGCUUUGCUCUAAGUUUCUGUGACAAGUGUUUGAGUGCUCUAAGUUUCUGUGACAAGUGUUUGAGUGCUCUAAGUUUCUGUGACAAGUGUUUGAGAAAAACAUUCUGAUUUUAAGUUUAUGAACUCUGAAGGAGUGUCGCUAGUUAAUAACUGUUUUAGUUAUUGCACAUAAAAUACAAUUUCUGGUUCUAUUGGAUCUUUACUGACUGUAUGCAUUAAUAUAUAUAUUUUUUUAUUAUGUUUAUUCAAAAAUAUAAUGACUAUUUGCAUAUAUAAAUGUGACAACCUAAUUUCAGUAUGCUAAACUUUUAUAAAACACUGUUCAUCUCAAAGAAACCUGUUGUUUAUUCUGUGAUAUAAUUUAUUUACAUAUGAUUAUUUAUUUUUUUUCUGGAAUAAAUUAUUUGAAAGUUAUUUUUUAUACAACUUUAAUAUCUAUAUUUUUAUGUAUUAUCUAGGAUUACUGAAUGACCUAAAUGAUAUUAGCUAUAUGUAUGCAUUAUUUUGGGGAACUUCUUAUUAAGAAAUUGAUCUAAAUAUAGAGAAGAUAUUAUCAAUUUGGAUCUAAAUAUAGAGAAAAUAUUAUCAAUUUGAAGUCAUCUAGAAAUUUGAGGUCUUAAAAAAAAUUUGUUAGAUGGCUGUAAUUAUUAAAAUCAAAAACAUAAUCUAUAGUUUUGUAAUUAUGUCCCACCUACAAGAGGGAUAGGGAGUCAGACUUAUGUUUUUCCCUUAUAAAACAAAUGUAUUUUAAAUAAUGCUAGGAAAGAUUGUCACAUAAAUCUCCUUCCUAGAAUAUCACUAUAACGAUUAAAUGUACUAGGAAGAGUUAUUUUAUCUUUAUCUGCUACAUAUGAUAUAUUGCAUUUUCAAUCCUUAAAAACUAUAUGAUUUAAUUGUAUUCCAAUCCUUCCUUUGAUUACACAGACUCUUCAUUAGACAAUCUGCUGAGUGGUAUUGUAUUUAUCAUUAAAAUUAUAUUCUGUAAUAAUACUACGGUGUUAGCUGAAAUCUCAGGGUGCGACAACCUAAAGUGCAUGAAAUUGAUUCCAAAUGAUGGUAGGUUGGCACGAUAUUCUAUGCUGGUAGAAAACUUUCAUAAGCUGAUAACAAUGUGUACUGUUAUAAACACUAUUGUGUUUCAUUUAAAUGUUUCUCAUGAUUUAACUUACUUUCAAAGCAACAUGUGUUCUGAAUAAUAUUGUCUAAUGUAUAACAAUUACCCAAGUUUCCAAAGUAAAACUGCUGAAAGAAAAUAAAUUAAGUGGCAUUGAACAUUUUGUGAACUGAAAUUUAAAAAAAAGUAAUGUUUAUUAUUUAAAGUUUACUCAAUUCCUGACAUAUUUCAAACCAUACACUAUAAUAUUCUUAAAUAUUGAGAUCUGAAAUUAGUCAUUUUCUUCAUAAAACAUUGCAUGGAUUUUUGAAUUUACAGCUCUUUUUAUUUAAAACAGUAAAUGUCUAUAUAUUGACUUGAAUUUUGUCAUGUUGACAAGGCAUUAAACCAAGUAUAUAUUAAUGAUUGUUAUUUGUAUGUUUUUGUUUUAUUUCUAUGCUAAUUCUGUAUUUAUGAUUUGCACUGUACAGUACAUAGUUAGUUGUUUUAAACCAGUUUUCACAUAGAAUUUUUAUAUCAUUUUGAAUUGUGCGUUUUUCUCUCUCUCUCCCCCUCUUUUAUUUUCCAUCAAUUAUUAUUACUUGCACAAGAAUAUUAUUAUUUGUUGACCAGGAUAGCCCAAUGUGUUGAGCAUGGAAGGGGUGGGAGACCAAUAUGACCAGAAUUGAUAUGUUAAUUAAUAAUGUAUCAGAAUUCCUAUAUAUUUAAAGGCAUACUAUAGUCCUCAAAAUUAGCAUAGGACAUAUAGGACAUGGUCUAAAAAAUAAAUUCUGUCCUGUCGAUUUUUAUGAAUUUAGUAAAACAUUCCUAAGAAAAAUUCAGUCCUAUAAAAAUCAAACCCCAAUUUGUAUAACUGAUUAUAAAUGACAAACCAUUGUUGUUCAGAUGGGUUUGGUUUUCAUGGAUUUCUUGUAAGUACAGAUGAACCAAACACAUGCAUGUGUAUAACAAUAUAAAAGUUUCCUAUAUAGGCAUAAAUGCAGAAUUUUUCAAAACCAAUGAAGUGAUGUAUCAAGGAAAACUUGUUUUAAAACAUUCCUCAAGUUUGUAUGUAACCGUCCACUUUAUCAAUGAUCUCUGUUUUGAAAAAUUCCAUCCAUUACUUAUUGUUUACAUUUUAUAUAUUGAGUUGUGUGAUAAAAGUUACAUAUAUUUAUUAAUAAACAUUUCUUGAAGAUA